CUCCAAUUAGACGUCGCAGAUCGCUGUUUAUACUGUGUAAAAUUAUACCAUGCUAUGCUAUGCUUGUGCUAUGUAGAUGUCACUUCUCUUAGCUCCAAUUUCUUGAUACCAUCUUCCCAGCUAUACAAAACGAUCGGUUUGACACUUGAUCGUGUCUUUUUUCCUCUUAUAAUUAUUUUUCUGCAUUUAUUGUGUUUCUAUCCAAUUGAUUUAGUCUUUGCCUUAGCCCUUAUAUCCAUAUUGCAUUUGUAAACCCCGACCUCCUGAUACGAGCCCCAAUCGAAAAUCCUGCCUCUAAACAACUAAUUCCCUAACCCGACUCUUCUCGAAGCCACGAGCUACAAACAUAAUUCAAGAUGCGCUUCGGCAAAACUCUUCGCGAGUCUAUCUACCCGCCAUGGAAGGACCAAUACAUCGACUACUCAAAGCUGAAAACCAUGCUGCGAGAAGACAGGCGGGAAGACGAAGACGUGCCAUGGACUGAGGACGACGAGAACCGGUUCUGUGACGAGGUCUUCAACGUACAACUCGAGAAGGUCGCGCAGUUUCAAGAGAAGAUCGUCAGUGGUCUAAAAGAACGCGCCGAGGUCGCCUUCGAGAAACUCAAGGACAUGGCGCCGUCGGACGAUAAGCCGAAGAGCGAUAUCACUACGGCCCGGUUGAAGGAGCUGAAGAGCGAGCUUGAUUCUAUCACGAACGAGGUCAAGGAACUCAAGAAGUAUAGUAGUGCCAAUUAUACCGGUUUCUUGAAGAUUGCUAAGAAACACGACCGCAAGCGUGGUGAUCGGUAUAAGGUCCGGCCUAUGAUGCGGGUUAGCUUGUCUGAGCGCGGGUUCAAUUCCGAACAGGCGUAUUCGCCGUUGCUGACGAAGUUGUCGUUGAUGUAUUAUGCUAUUAACCAGAACUUGGAUGAUGGCGAGCAACAGCAUCCGCUGGAAUUGGAUUUGGAUAAUCAACAGGAGGUGCACAAUGGGGAACGUUAUACCGCUCAUAAAUUCUGGAUACACACAGACAACCUUCUCGAAGUUAAGACUGCUAUUUUACGACACCUACCUGCCCUCGUCUACACCCAACAAGCUGGCCAAGAGCCUGACGGCAACGAAGACCCCAAGAUUACGUCGCUCUACUUUGACAAUUCCAAAUUCGACCUAUAUGGAAGAAAGGUGGAUCGUCAAGUUGACGCCUCGUCCGUCAGGCUACGCUGGUAUGGACAACUCGAUGCGCAGCCGGACAUUGUCCUCGAGCAAAAGAUCGUGCACGAGAAUGGCCUUAGUGAAGAGAGGAAGUUUAACAUUAAGAAUAAAUAUGUCAAACAAUUCAUUGAUGGGGACUACAAAAUGGAAAAGACGAUACAGAAAAUGGAACGCCAGGGUCAGACUGCGGAGGCUAUUGAGGAAUUCAAGACUACGGUUGACGAGAUCCAAGAGUUCAUUAUAAGAAGCAAGUUGGAACCCGUCCUGCGAGCCAAUUACACUCGUACGGCGUUCCAAAAACCUUCGGAUGACCGUGUUCGAAUCUCAAUCGACACUGAUGUUGCUUUUAUCCGCGAAGAUACCUUGGAUCGUGACCGACCGUGUCGCGAUCCUCAGGAAUGGCAUCGCCGGGAUAUCGACAAUGGCAACAUGUUGUAUCCAUUCAAGAACAUAAACCAGAGCGAGGUCUCUAGAUUUCCAUUUGCGCUUCUUGAGAUUAAGCUGAAGGAGGAAGAUGGUCGCAAGCAGCCGAGGUGGAUAGAAGAGUUGAUGGCUUCCCACCUUGUCCAUGCAGCCCCUAGAUUCUCGAAGUUUGUGCACGGUGUCGCAUCUCUUUUUGAUGACUACGUCAAUCACCUACCGCUGUGGCUCAGCGAUCUCGAAACGGAUAUCCGAAAGGAUCCCCAGACAGCUCACGAUGAGGAAGAACAGCGCAAGGCUCAGCAGGCAGAAGAUGCAAUGGCUGUAGGCAGUUUCCUAGGUGGCGCUAAGAUCGGCUCAUAUAAACCAGCGACAAGUUCGCCAGUUGGGAAGUCUUAUCUCUCGGAGCGAGCUGCCAGAGAAUCGAGGGCGUCUGUACCUCCAACCGCCGUGAAUGGCCGUGGUGAUCAUGAUACCGAGACUGGCGACACAGACGGUACGCGGCAAAAGGGAUAUGGAACUCUUUCUUCCAUCUUCCCUGGUUUCUCCUUAUCACGGUACUCUCGAGCUAAGCGUCAACGGGCGCAACUUCCCGAAGGUGUCACAAAGCCGGAGGUUUGGCUUAAGAAUGCCGGUCCGUUACAAGUAGAGCCAAAAGUUUGGCUUGCCAACGAGCGAACAUUCCUUAAAUGGCAGCACAUCUGUAUCCUCCUAGGCAGUUUAGCUAUCAGCUUGUACACGGCAGCGGGAGAAAACUUCCUCGCUGAAUGCAUGGGCAUCGCUUAUAUCGUGAUUGCUAUUAUGGCAGGUGGUUGGGGAUACUUCAUGCUGCAGAAGCGCCGCAAUAUGAUUAUGGAGCGCAGCGGUAAAGACUUUGACAACAUGAUUGGGCCGUUGGUUGUCAGUGCCGCUCUUAUGCUUGCUCUGAUAUUGAACUUUGUGUUUUCGUACCGGGCCGCGUUUGCAAAGUUGGAUAUCCAUUUGUUGAAUGAGACUGAAGCGGCUUUUGUUGGAGAGCUUGUGUAGGACAAGGGAAGCCGGCAAUAUCUGCUAGUAGUAAAGGUUACCUAGUUGUGUUACCUACAUGGGUACAUAUGUGCUUGGGGAAAAAAAGUGUAGAAAUUUGUUUGUCAUGUAUUGUAUAGGUAUCUUGGGUUAUUCCCAGAUGUAUUGGAUCUCCGGAGAAAGUUAAGAAAGUUAUGCAUAGGAUAAAAUCGGCAUAUUAUCGAGGGCAUGAAUUCUCUGCCAUCGAGCAUAACAUAGCAUAACUGGUUCUCUUCGUGCAGUACAACGCCAAAAGGAAGAAAAGUCCAAAUUGAGAUGUGCCAGCGACGAAUUAUUGAGAAAGGAGUGUUGCACAAAUGUUUAGGCGUUGUAAGUAAAUGGGUAAGUACCUAGGUACGUGGGUAACACGUUAUGUAAGCCACUGGCAUGAUCAUUAUAUGAUCCCGCUACUGCUAAACCAAACGCAACAUUCUUUCCUGAAUGGCUAUCUUCGAUUUAAAGCC